UCAGGGUAUAGUUCAGUCUCCACAGCGGUUGGUUGCAGUAGUCCUUCAUCUUGUUCUCCUCGUUGCAGCCAGUCAGGUGGAGGUUUUGACCCGUGGCAGGAUGACGAUUGAAGUCCACAGAGACGCCGUGGAGCAGCAGGAAGAGAACAAGGAGGACAGAGUUGUGAGGACAGACGGCGUGCUGCGCUCCGUGCUCCGAGACCUCCUCUGGCCUUUACGCAUCCUGGCACGUGGAUACCGCGGGUUUUGGUGGGUGUUGGGCUACCGGCAACACCAGGAGACAGUCGUCGUCACCCCCGCGGUUCAAAGCCCCGCACGGCACAGCCUCACCGGCCGCAAGCGUCUGCGUCGGGUCACCCGCCUGCUGCUGUCCAUCCUGCCCCGCUGGGUGCAGGGCGCCCUGGGCUACCCGGUGUCCAGCCGCAUCGGCCUCUCCUUGUCCCCAGAAAUCAGUGGUUCUCCUACAAAACCUUGUGGAAAAGGCAGCAAAAGGAAGCAGGAUGAGUUGGAUGAGGAUGAAGACGAAGAGGAGCAGCCGACUUGGGUGGAGGUGCUCAGUCAGGAGCUCGCUGACGACGAAGGCCCCGACGUGGAUCCUGACUUUGAGCCCAGUACUAUAGAAACAGAGAGCGAAGAAUACAACUUGCACAACGACACCGAAAGCGACCUUGAGGUUCCAGGGAAAGGCAUUGUUAUUGAGGAUGUGAAGACGGAUGUUGAGGUUUCCACAUCAGCUGAAGUCUAUGCUCCUGCUGUUUAAUGUGUCAUAUUGACAGUAUGUUUCAGUGUUUUUGCAUGUAAAUAUAUUUGGGAAUUCAAUAAAACUUUGUCAUUUUGA